AUGAUAUCUGGUGUAACCAAUUGGUUGACUUGUGGAACAAACGUCGUCGAUCGUUGGUUGUUUGGUGAGGACGACGGACAUAGUGACAGCAGUGAGAGUGGAGAGUCACAACCUGGUUCAGACAAAUCCGACGACACUCUCUCUUCAAGUUCAGACGAUAGCGACAAUAACAACAACAAAAACAAAGUGACAACAACAAGCAAGAAUAGUAACAACAACAACAAUAAGUCAGCAAUGAGCGCGAGUAAACAAGCUACAGAUACAAGUUAUACACCUGGACAGUUGUAUAGUUGGGGCUACAACUUCUUUGGACAAUGUGGAUAUAAUCAGGACGAGUUGGAGAAGAUUAAUGUGAUUAGACUGCCGCGCCAGGUCACUUCAAUCAAGGUGUCAAAGAUUGCCUGCGGCGACAGCCACGCGCUUGCCAUCCUGCCCGAUGUGGCCACGGUGGUGUCGUGGGGCUGCAACAGAUGGGGUCAACUCGGACAUGGCGACCAGGUCAAUCGACUCAAGCCUGCGCCAAUCAGCGGCAUCUCACCAAGCUCGGUUCCCGAGCAGGUCGCCGCUGGUAUGCAGCACUCGCUCGUGCUCUCCAAGUACGGCGAGCUCUACACGUUUGGCUGCGGCACAUACGGUCGCCUGGGCCACGGCAACGAGCUGCCGGCCUUCUCACCAAAGCCUGUAGGCAGUCUCGUUGGCAAACACAUCGUCAACAUGGCAGCGGGACUCAUGCACUCGGCCGCCAUAGACAACCGCGGUCAACUAUACACUUGGGGCUGGAACAGAUACGGUCAGUUGGGCAUUGGAAGCGUGAAGAAGCACACACUGCCCGUCAAGAACAAGGAGCUGGAGCGCGUGCCAUUGGUCAAGGUUGUGUGUGGCAAGAACCACACGCUAGUCCUGACGACCGAAGGCAGCAUGUACUCGUUUGGCUUCAACAUCUGUGGACAACUCGGCCUCAACACAUUCAGCGACAGCAUCCAGCCCAAGAAGAUUGAAAUGCCUGGAGAGAUCGUCGACAUUGCCUCUGGCUACUAUCAUUCAAUGUGUUUAACGAGGAGAGGAGCAGUAUACACUUGGGGAUUCGUUAGCGAUGGAGCAUUGGGACUUGGCGCGGUGGUCGGACAUCAGAGCAAACCAACAUUGAUACCAUACUCACAUAUUAGACAUCAGUUCAGCGACUCGGCUGACUCAUACAACGACAUAUAUGAUCAGGAAGGCGAGACACUGAAACCCGACAAGUAUGCCAGUGGAGACAUUGCUGUGCGUAUCGCAGCCGGUGGCUGGCACAGUGGCAUCAUAACAAACAGUGGCAAACUGUACACCUUUGGCUUUGGAGACAGCCAUCGACUGGGCACGGGCUCCGACGUCGACCAGGACAUACCGAGUCUUGUGAUGCCAGACCAGUGGGGCGUGGAGCGCGAGGAGGAGCUGGCCUCGCACAUGGACCGUUUGGAGCUCAGGAAGAUCAGGUCAAGCAAGGGCAGUCCAAUGUUAACUGGAACCAUCAACAAUAGACUCAACAGUAGUGGAGGCGCGAGCAGCAGUAGUAGUAGUAGUAUGACGAGCAGUAGCAACAACAACAUCAGCAGCAGCAGUAGUACAUUGAAUGAUACUACGCAGGUUGUCGAGAGUGUCUCCUCAGCAUCGAUCAAACAAAUCACUCAGACGAGAGUGGUCAAUGUUCAGAUGGGCGCUGCAUUCACCUUGGCCACAGUGAGGACGACAACAAAGAGUAUCAACAGCUUGAGCAGUAGCAGUAAUAGUAUCAGUAGUUAG